CGUAAACAGACUACUCAUGAAAUGUGGAAUUCGUAUCUGAAGCCCAAGCUUUAAAUUUCGUUCAUACUGCAGGGAGUGCCAACCUGGGCUUGAAACAACUAUAAAGUCCCCGGUGCCAUAAGUAUCUCACACAAAUUAUACAUUCAGUUUCCAUUCAACACUCAAUCCAAAAUGGCUUUUAAAGUUAUCAUUAUUGGGGGCGGCCCCGUUGGGCUUUUCCUUGCAAACAGUCUGCAAGCCGCCGGAAUAGAUUAUGCGCUAUUCGAAAAGCGAAGUGCUGUGGCUCCAACUACUGCAUUUGGCAUUUUCCUUAUGCCUCAAGUCACGAGGAUGUUCGAACAGCUAGGUCUCUUGGAGAGCUUGAAGAAAGUGUCUCAUCAAAUGACGGGCAUGGUGCACCGCAAUGCCAACGCAGAGCAACUAAGCCAAGAUCAGGAUUAUGCUGCAUUUUGCCAGAUCCAUGGCUAUCCUGUAGUUGUUACAGACCGUGCCAGCCUUUCCCAGGUUUUCCUCAGCGGCCUUAAUAAGCCAGAAGAGCAUAUAUUUACCAGGAAAGACCUCACCAACAUUGUGAUCGGCACAGAUGGCGUGACUGCGGAAUUCGCUGAUGGCACAAGCCAUGAAGGAUCUGUCAUUAUUGGUGCUGAUGGCAUUUGGAGCUCAGUUCGUGACCAGUUGCGCAAAAUUACGCCUGAUGGUCUAUUCCUUGAAAAUCCUUUCACAGCGUCAUUCACUGGUGUCUUUGGCAGAGGACCACUGUUUGAUGAUAUUCCUUCAGGACAGGGAGCUGAGAUACAUGGAGACGACUGGGUAAUUCAGGCAUUUCCUUCCCAGAAAGAGACGCACUUAUUUAUCUAUAAGCGCAUUGAGACAUGCUAUGAUAGAGUUCCCUUUACAACGAAUGUGCCGGAAGAUAUAAUCGCAGAAUUUGCUAAUGUUAAAUUGACAAGCAAGGUUGCAUUUAAAGACUUGUGGGAUAAGCGGUUCGCUGGAGGUGCCGCAAAUUUCGAGGAGGGUGUUGUGGAGCUAUGGCACUGGGAUAGAGUUGCUCUUGUGGGGGAUGCAGCGCAUAAGAUGAAUCCUAAGUGGGGCGUUGGUGCUAAUAUUGGAAUGGAAGCUGCUGCCUGCCUCACGAACAAGCUUGCAGCCCUUCUGAAAAAUAACUCAAAACCUUCUACGCAAGAUCUUUCUCAAUUGUUUGGGUCAUAUCAAGGAGAGAUUGAGGGCAAAGCCGGAGUCUGGGAACGAAUUUCGAAGUCUAAUCUUGACUCUGCCACGCGUAGGGGUGGGCCUCAAAUUGAUGCUAUGAGGCAAAUGGGAAUAAUUCGUGCACCUGGUAUUAUUUCGAAGGCAUAUAAGCUCGAAAAUGCCCCGUUUAAGGCGGAAAAUCCAUCUCAAAUCCCGUGGUUACACUAGGAAAGAUACACCAAAAAGAGAGCAGCAUAAAGUUAUAUAUAAGUUGCCUU